CUACUGCGCAGGCUUCCUUGUCUAAGUUGCUCAAGAAGUUUGCUGAGGUGUUUACUCCUAAAAACAACGAUACAAAACAAAACCCUAUUACCUACGCAAAAAAACACACACACACACAUUACUGCCACGCUGCAGGAGCGUGGUGUUACGCAGCGCAAGUAAUGUGUAACUUUUUGCGCAGGAAAUAAACUUCUCUUCUUUAUCUUUUUCUUGACAAGACUAGUUCGCGUUGUUAGAUAUAUAGUUAAAUGUACCUAAAAUACUCUAGUAGUUAAAAGUAAAGCCGGUUUUCAACCGUCAAAGAGGAAUAAACUAUGAAUGUAUAGCGGAGGCGUCUUCUUGUACAUAAAGUAGGAUUGCUUUUCCACCUAUAAAAAGUUCGGGAGUAUUGAUUUCUACUGCCAAACCGGAAUGAGCGAAAGAAAAGAGCUGAGCGAGAUGGUCUGGGUCUAGGUUCAUUUCGCAUUUUCAGUUCAUUCCUUUUUGGUGGUGGAAAACUUGCUUUAGGGUUUAUAUACAUGAGAGGCUAGCAGUCGAAGGCAGCGCAGUUGUAGCCGACGUCAAGACGAUGGCUGCUCGAAGAGUCAAAGGCUGCCGACGUGGCUGUUGUCGACAGGCGGUUACCGUCGUAACUAUGCUUUUAGAGCAGAAAUAGAAUCACUAAACCUAUAAUACCUACUACAAAAUGUGUCUACAAAUGUGUGUGUGUGAGGUGAAAUCAUAGGUCCAUGGCCAUAGUAACGAUCAUUGCCUCUGUGCUGUGCUGUAAACUGACACUGACAAAGAGUUAAUACAACACGUCUAAAUCCAGAUCAAAUGAGAAGUAAAGGCGAUUUGUAAAAAACAAGCCAUUUAAAGAAAUAGAACAAAACAGAAUAAUAUUAUUGUGAUGGAUUAUGAGGACGACAACGGCGGCGGAUGCCUCCGGAACGCGUUCAGGUCGUUUGUGUGCAUGUCUUUGACCUUGUUGUUGGGGCUGCACGUGUACGCGUACUUCUGGGGCCCGUCGCGAGACGCUCUUGACGGAGACUUCUCCGACGUGCGGUAUGUGGUGACGCAGCUCACCCGCGGACUCACGGAGGUGAAUCGCAAACACGAGCGCCUGAAAGGUGAGAUGGAGAGGCUAUCGUCAGCGUUGCCCGCAGUAGCGGCGGCGGCGGAGCGCGCCAAGGAUGCUCUGGAGCCUUCUUUGCGGCGAGGCAGUCGCCAGUCGCUCGACACUGUGGAUUACGACAGACAGAUGGCCGAUUAUGCCCUGGAGAGUGCCGGUGGUCGUAUACUGGAUACGCGUGACACCAUGGAGCAUGUGAUCUACGAGUCUCCGGUCAGCUGGGCACUGCAUGCGCUAACGUCGUACGUAUGCCGCGAGUGCCUUAGCGCUCGUGCUAUGAUUCGCCCCGGAACAUUGCCUGGGGAAUGCUGGGCUUUUAAAGGAUCUCGCGGCGAAGCCACAUUGCGUCUACUGGGCACCGUGCACAUAACGGGCUUCAGCGUGGAGCACAUACCGGCACACAUAUCUCCGACCAGAGAAAUAUCUUCAGCACCGCGUUUAAUACAAUUCGAGGGCUUGGAGUUUCGUUCCGAUCCUUACCCUCAUGACUUCGGUAGUUAUGAAUAUGAUAAAGAGGGGAAGCCAAUCCAGUACUUCGAGGUACGGCAUCCGACUACUAAAGGGUAUAAUCUAGUGGUGGUACGCGUUGUUACGAACUGGGGUCACCCCGUGUAUACAUGCGUGUACCGAGUGCGUGUACACGGGGAACUGGUGGCAGGGCAGGCGCCGCGCGAGGUCUCCGACGAUACAGAGCUCAGGAUCGAGAACGAAUGACACCUACUUGCAAAGUUUUUUAAAACAAUAAUGUAAGGCGUGUCAGAUAAUUUGAUUAGUGUCUUUUCAUACGUCGUGUCGUGGCGUGGUUAAUAGCGAGUACAUUAUAGUGGCAGUUUAUG